AGCUGAGCACAAUAAUUUGUCUGUUCUUCAGCCUCCUCCCCGCACAAGAGAGAGAAAGAGAGAGCUCUAGACUUCGACAGCCCCCCAAAUCCCAAUUUGCCAGCCACGAACCGAUCGGCUUCUCUGCGAGCGGCGGCAAAUCCGAGCCCCUCGCCGAGCGGAGGCGGCGAGUCCGUGAUGGUCGCCCACCGGCGGGCGCGGACAUGCACCAUCGCCCCUCUUCCUCCUCCGCCGCCGCCGCCGAGUCGUCGUUGCCGCUCUCCCCCGCCGACGGCUUCCUCCGCGUGAAGGACGGCGUAGACGGGAUGAUCAAGUACGUCGCCAACGAGCCCUCCGUCGGGCUCUACUUCGUCCAGCAGCACGCCCGGGCGUCCAUGCCCAUCCUCCUCGACGUCAAGGAUAAGCUUGUGGAAAAGACUCAUGAGGUAACACUGCACACAGAAGACAUGGAGGAUUCUAUUUGUGCUGUGAGAUCCAUGGCUGAUUUUGGACUCCCGCUUGCUGAUGAUAUGAUCAACGACAUCAGUAGAUCGCUGCAAAUAAUGUCAAAGACUCAACCAAAGAGAGGGUUGAUCCAGAACCCCAGUUGGGGGUUCCAGUCAGGAAAAUGCUCAGGAACUUGGGAUGAAUUGGGUGCUACCAAUGGAAGUAGCAGCCGGAACUACCUCUCUUCAAUGUUCAACACUGCCAAGCAAAAGGCGUCCAGUCUCAGGUGGCCACAGCCCGAUUUUUCUACAAAAGAUGACAGCAGCGAGAAUUCAGCAUCAUCUGCUGCCCCAGGAUCAUCCCAGGCUGCUGGACAAGGUGCAUCAACACCUGAUACAGAAAGGGAUGAUCUCCCCAUUUCAAGUCGACUCUCAGAUGGUACAACCGCUACGAACAAGAGCUUGCCUGCUGCUGGUAUCUCUGAAACUGUGGAGACUUACAAUAAGUUCAAAGAAGAACAAGAACUGAAACUUCAGAAGUGGCUUAGAGAGUCUGAAGAAGCUGGAGAUAAUAAAGAUUGAGUUUGUUAUUAGAUAACGGCUUCAGCUCUGCGUCAUUGUUAGAGCAUAAAAAAGCAUCUCCUUUACUGGACUUGGUAAAUUCCCAGCUAAAACACAACAUGGUAACUUUUCAUGAGCUUACUGGACUUUUCAUGAGCCAGAAUACUGUAAUUUCUGAGAUCCCUUUUGUCACAAUUCUUAUUGAUCGAUAAAUCCAAGAGACCGAGAGUCAUCAGUGUACUCUGAAACAGCCAGAACAAUAUAGCAUUUUUACUUAAACACGAUUACACCUGUACUGCGA